UUCGCGUAAAUAGCCGCCUGUUGCAAAUCCCAAACAUGCUGGAAGGCCGCAUUUCUGGAUCAAAUAGUGCCACUGGAGCUGAGAGGCGCGAGUCGCAUACCACGAUGCUCCUCGUGUCUACCUCGCCCUCUGAAAGACCAUCUAGACCUGGUGGUUUGUUCCUUCGAUGCUGGUGGAAUGGGUUAAGGAUAUUUUCAAAUGCGUGGGUUGAAACUCGCACUGACAAGGCCUAGCCUACGUCUGGGGAACCAUUCACACUUCGUCUAAAUGGACUCGGAACAUGAGUAAUG